CCAUAUCCCUCCACAGUACACUUUCCAUAUUCUUUCCUUCAUCCGCACUGCACACGUCGUCCACAGGCAUCAUGGUGCUCGAUUUAGACCUGUUUCGCACCGACAAAGGCGGCGAUCCUGAAAUCGUGAGGGAAACGCAGAGGAAACGGUUCAAAGAUGUGUCUCUGGUGGAUAAAUUGGUCGAGGCGGACACAGAAUGGAGGAAAUGCCGCUUCACUGCAGAUAAUCUAAACAAGGCCAAGAAUCUGUGCAGCAAAGCCAUCGGGGAAAAGAUGAAGAAAAAAGAGCCAGUUGGUGAUGAUGACACUCUUCCAGAAGAGGCUCAGAAUCUGGAAGCCCUCACUGGAGAAACAUUAUCACCCCUCACGGUGACUCAGAUAAAGAAGGUGCGGUUACUGGUGGACGAGGCGGUGCAGAAAACGGACAGUGAUCGGUUAAAGGUGGAGGCGGAGCGUUUUGAGUACCUGAGAGAGAUCGGCAACCUCCUGCAUCCCUCUGUGCCCAUCAGCAACGAUGAGGAUGCUGAUAAUAAGGUGGAACGCACCUGCGGCGAAUGCACAGUGCAGAAGAAGUACUCUCACGUGGACCUGGUUGUCAUGGUGGAUGGAUACGAAGGGGAAAAAGGAGCCAUCGUGGCUGGCAGCAGAGGAUACUUCCUCAAGGGGCCUUUAGUUUUUUUGGAACAGGCAUUAAUUAACUACGCACUGCGGAUCCUGUACAGCAAGAGCUACACCCUCCUGUACCUCCAUAAACUACACAAAUUCAUGAUCGCCUCAGUCCCCUUUAAAUUUCAUGAAAAUGGCAGCAGACUUCGGCUCCUCCCCGUCUUUCAGCGCGUUCUUCAAUCCGCUGACCGUGGCGGCGCAGAGCAAGAAACAGAGGACAAGGUGAUCGGGAAGGGGAGCGAGAAGUCUGACGACAAUACGGUGGACGAGAAGUAUUUGAUUGCCACAUCGGAGCAGCCAAUGGCAGCCUUCCUGAGAGAUGAGUGGCUGAAGCCAGAAGACCUUCCCAUCCGCUAUGCCGGCAUCUCCACCUGCUUCAGACAGGAAGUGGGCUCUCACGGCAGAGACACACGUGGGAUCUUCAGGGUCCAUCAGUUUGAGAAGAUUGAGCAGUUUGUCUACGCCUCUCCUUAUGACGGCAAGUCCUGGGAGAUGUUUGAUGAGAUGAUUGGAACCGCUGAGGAGUUUUAUCAGUCAUUAGGAAUCCCCUACCGGAUUGUCAACAUUGUGUCAGGUGCUUUGAACCAUGCAGCUAGUAAAAAGCUGGAUUUAGAGGCUUGGUUCCCAGGCUCCCAGGCUUUUAGAGAGCUUGUGUCAUGCUCAAACUGCACAGACUACCAGGCUCGCCGCUUACGUAUUCGCUACGGGCAGACCAAGAAAAUGAUGGACAAGGCUGAGUUCGUGCACAUGCUAAAUGCCACCAUGUGUGCGACCACUCGUGUUAUCUGUGCUAUCCUGGAGAACUUUCAGACAGAGGAAGGCAUCAUUAUUCCAGAAGCCCUCAAGGCAUUCAUGCCUCCAGGUUUAACAGAAAUGAUCAAGUUCGUGAAGCCAGCCCCUAUCGACCAGGAGGCAUCCAAGAAGCACAAGAAACAGCAGGAAGGAGGGAAGAAGAAGAAACAGCAGGGUGGUAAUGCUGAUCUAGAGAACAAGGUGGAGAACAUGUCAGUCAAUGACUCCUAGACCCCCUUCAAUCCCAGCCAAUCAUAAUGGUUCUUUACAAGCCCUCUAUUUUGUGCACUCCAUUCACAAUCAUUGUCCACUGAAACGGUCACACUGUCAUGUCCUUGCUUCAGUUUACUUCUUCUGGGACAGUCCUACUAUGGCACUGUCAAUGGUGAUGAUGGUGUCAUGUUAAAUAAUCUUAUCUCAAAUCAGUUUCCUACAGAGAGGUCUUUGAAAUCUUAAAUUAAACAUGUAUAGUGUUGUGACAGACAUUUAGCCUUUAGAAUGAAAUGCCUUUAUGACACUGUAAUUACCUGAGGCAUUGUAUUAUAAUUCUGCUGUUGAAUUUAAGGCAACAUGCAUGGUUACAUUCUACAUCAAGUGCCACAUUAGAGGUGGGAAUUUGGGAUAUUCUGAAUGGAAAUCGGUUAUGGAUAAUGGACAGACCUCUUUCAAUAUUCUCUCUUGCAGUUAAUAUUUGCGCUAUAAUUAAAGUGAAGGUAAUUAUUGAUUACUGUGCACUUACUAUUCACAUUGUCACAAAAGUUAAAGCAGUCAAAAAUGCAGCUUCCUCUCAUUCAAAUCUGUCUUUUCCUUCAUAGAAACAUUACUACUUCUGAUUUGUCUGUAAAACAGGGAAUGUUAUUAUAUGUACAGUACUUGCUUAUGAUGCCUUGUGUAAGGAGUAUGAUGGCAUUUGAGAAUAAAUCAAUACCUGAAAGAGAACA